UUAUCGCGACUAAGCGGAGUGGCGGCGGCAUUUCCUGGUGUCUGAGCCUGGCGCCCAGGCUAUGGGCAGCCAGGAGGUGCUGGGCCAGGCGGCCCGGCUGGCCUCCUCCGGUCUCAUCCUGCAGGUGUUGUUUCGGUUGAUCACCUUUGUCUUGAAUGCAUUUGUUCUUCGCUUCCUGUCAAAGGAAAUUGUUGGCGUGGUAAAUGUAAGACUAACGCUGCUUUACUCAACCACCCUCUUCCUGGCCAGAGAGGCCUUCCGCAGAGCAUGUCUCAGUGGGGUCACCCAGCGAGAUUGGAGCCAGACCCUCAACCUGCUGUGGCUAACAGUCCCCCUGGGUGUGUUUUGGUCCUUAUUCCUGGGCUGGGUCUGGUUGCAGCUGCUUGAAGUGCCUGAUCCUCAUGUUGUCCCUCACUAUGCAACUGGAGUGGUGCUGUUUGGUCUCUCGGCAGUGGUGGAGCUUCUAGGAGAGCCCUUUUGGGUCUUGGCACAAGCACAUAUGUUUGUGAAGCUCAAGGUGAUUGCUGAGAGCCUGUCGGUAAUUCUUAAGAGCAUUCUGACAGCUUUUCUCGUGCUGUGGUUGCCUCACUGGGGAUUGUACAUUUUCUCUUUGGCCCAGCUUUUCUAUACCACAGUUCUGGUGCUCUGCUAUGUUAUUUAUUUCACAAAGUUACUGGGUUCCCCAGAAUCAACCAAGAUUCAGACUCUUCCUGUCUCCAGAAUAACAGAUCUGUUACCCAAUAUUACAAGAAGUGGAGCACUUAUCAACUGGAAAGAGGCUAAACUGACUUGGAGUUUUUUCAAACAGUCUUUCUUGAAACAGAUUUUGACAGAAGGCGAGCGAUACGUGAUGACAUUUUUGAACGUAUUGAAUUUUGGUGAUCAGGGUGUGUAUGAUAUAGUGAAUAAUCUUGGCUCCCUUGUGGCCAGAUUAAUUUUCCAGCCCAUAGAGGAAAGUUUUUAUAUAUUUUUUGCUAAGGUGCUGGAGAGGGAAAAGGAUGCCACACUUCAGAAGCAGGAGGACGUUGCUGUGGCCGCUGCAGUCUUGGAGUCCCUGCUCAAGCUGGCCCUGCUGGCUGGCCUGACCAUCACUGUUUUUGGCUUUGCCUAUUCUCAGCUGGCUCUGGAUAUCUACGGAGGGGCCAUGCUUAGCUCAGGAUCCGGUCCUGUUUUGCUGCGUUCCUACUGUUUCUAUGUUCUCCUGCUUGCCAUCAAUGGAGUGACAGAAUGUUUCACAUUUGCUGCUAUGAGCAAAGAGGAGGUCGACAGGUACAAUUUUGUGAUGCUGGCCCUGUCCUCCUCAUUCCUGGUGUUAUCCUAUCUCUUGACCCGUUGGUGUGGCAGCGUGGGCUUCAUCUUGGCCAACUGCUUUAACAUGGGCAUUCGGAUCACACAGAGCCUUUGCUUCAUCCACCGCUACUACCGAAGGAGCCCCCACAGACCCCUGGCUGGCCUGCACCUGUCACCGGUCCUGCUCGGGACAUUUGCCCUCGGCGGUGGGGUUACUGCUGUUUCAGAGGUGUUCCUCUGCUGUGAGCAGGGCUGGCCAGCCAGACUGGCACACAUUGCUGUGGGGGCCUUCUGUCUGGGAGCAACUCUCGGGACAGCAUUCCUCACGGAGACCAAGCUGAUCCAUUUCCUCAGGACUCAGUUAGGUGUGCCCAGACGCACUGACAAAAUGACGUGACUUCAGGGAAGCCUGGACACCUGAGGCACCUGGACCAGCUAUGGGCGGUUCUGUGGGUGGAACACAUAUUCUGUGUAAGAGCCCCCCGAGGGCUCUGCAGCGGAGUGACAGCAAGCCCGGAGGUGAGGCACCAGAGAGAGCAUGAGACACCUGUGACCAUUCGAAGUCUGAAAUGCGGAGGAGGAGUUUCAUUUUUAAGUGAAGACCAAAAAGCCCUUUAAAAAUAAUAGAGUUUUUUCAUCAUUUUAUUUUCUCUUUUACUAAUGUACUCAUUCCUUUUGAGUGUGAUUGGCCUUUGGAGCUACAUGCUCCAACAAACUAUGUCUUAAUUGUUAACAAUUAUCUGGCCCAGAAAAAGAGAUGCAACGAUUUUACCCUUCAGAGGAAUUUUGAACGUCUUCUGUAAAAGACAGAGCAAGACCUCUCUCUUUCAUUCACCACAUGAAAACAGAGCGUGGCCCUGAAGUUGUGGCUUUCUCUGUGUCAACACUGUGGUCUGAGUUUUUAGAGAAGGAAAAAUGCUACUCAGUGAGAAAUCCAAGAAAUGAAACCAGAAAGGUUUUCAGAUCACAUUUCCCAGAGUGAGUCAGGGAGAAUCUUGCCUGUCAUGAUCACACUGUUCCCCGCCGCCCCGGGUCAGCACAUACUUGACCCAGAGUGGGCUCUCAAAAUUUGUUAACUGAAGGGUGGGUGAAAGCUGGCUGGAGACUCCUGGCCUGGCCACCUGCAAGAGGCGGACUUUGAAGAAAACUGUGAUCCAGUUGAACCAUUUUGUCUCUGAAGGGAAUACUGCUUUGCAGCUUUCUGUAACUUCUCACAUGGGAAUUGCACUGGUGACAGAUAAGAUUUAACAGAUGUAUUUUUUUAUCUUCAGAAUAAGACAGGGCAAACUCUAUAUGGCAAGUAUUACUGAGUCAGGCCCCUCCUGCUGACCCAUUAUUUCCAGCACUGAUCAAUAUAACCAAAUUCCAGCCCCAGGACAAGAGUGGCAGGCAUGGGGGCCUGAUGCUGCAGGCUACAGUGUGAGCCCAGGCAUUCUGAACCUUGCAACCUGCACCCUGCAGGUGAGACCAUCAGCAGUGUUCUGGAGUGUAAAGUGUUUUUUCUUUUUUCAUUAAUGUAUUAAUUCCUUUUGGAUAUUAACUCCCCUCAGACCUACAUGCACAAACUAUAACUUGGAUGUUAAUAAUCCUCUCACUCAGUGCCCCAAACCUCCUGUGUGUACCCCCAGAGAGAGGGCCAGUAAGGGCAACUGCUAUCAUGCAUUAAAAUGCAUGUAUUUAAAUCUGCUUGCCCAGAGCCAGUACCCAGGGUCUAAGGAUCAAGACCUGUCAGUACACCAAGACUGGGGCCCAGUCACCCUGGCAGGUUUUUAUCUACUCAGAGGGAGAACGCUUUGCACUAAGCGGGAGAAAAGCAGCUAAAUGCAAGGUGUCCUGAGCAAUUAGAGGACCUCCAAAGCAUGGCCUCAGUCAUGCCUUCAUAGGGCAAGGUCAGGCCAGCUCAGAAAAAUGGAUGGUCCCAUGGGGUCAGGUGGAGCACACACAGAAGGCAGUCCUCCUUUGCUCCCAUGUCCGUUCUCUGUCCUGGCAUCCACAGAAAGGGGCCUUCAGUCCUCAUGAGCUGCUUCUCUGCAGCUGCUGAUCACCCUCCCAGAACCCUGCCCCUAUCCCAUGCCCACAUGACCCCAGACUCAAGCAUGAUCCUCAUUCUACCUGUCUUGGAAUCACCUGGAUUGCAAGUCAGAACGUGGCUUCCCCGGACCCGCUCCAGGCCUUCAGGGUCUCUGUCUCCCAGUAGGAGGGCUCUGAGAUUGGCUUUUCUGGCAAGCCCACAUGGCUUUGAUGCCACCAAGGUUGGCAUGCCCCAUUGUCUUCCUUCACAACAGGCCCAGGGCCAGUCAUGCUCAUGCCUGUUCUCUGCUCCAGGAACAGAGCUGCUGUUCCACCAGCAGCCUUGUGACUCCGUGGCCUCUGGGAGCAGGACUCCCCAGGCUUAUACUCUCUCAGCUUGAGAGAGGGUCUAUGUCUGAAGGCAGUCCUCACUGUCAUCCCUCCCCUGCUGUUGGCCUAAUGAUGCUGUCAGGGCCAGCUCCUCUUGAAAGACAGCCAGCUGCGAAGGCAGCCCAGGGCUUCUUCCCAUGUCCUGCUUCUCUGUGUCUAGGGAGAGUCGUGCCUGUGGCUGCGAGUUUUCCCAGGACUAGCACCUGCCGCCGGGGCUGUCAGCACUUUGGCAGCAGGUCCUCUGCUGUUCUCUGCCUCUGGCACCUCCCUAAAGCUCAGCUGAACCUGACCAGGCCUCUGGCAUUUCCCCUGCUGGACCCCCUAGAGUCACACCUGUUGCCUCAGGGAGCUUGCAUACAUGUGGGCCAGCCUGCCUGACUUUACCCAAGCAGAUUUGGGGAGAGAAAUCAUACUUUGGCUUUAAAUACCACUUAAAAUAUCGUGAGGCUACUCCUCCAUGGAAACAAGUCUCUGAGGCACAACCUUUAUGAAAGGAAGGAGUCUUCGUUAGUGAGAAGAACAGUAUCUCUGACUUCCUGUGCUCCUCUGGCCACCUGUAAGUGUGGGUCACUUCAGAUUUGGCUUGGGGUCUCUCAGUGGGGAGCUGCUGCUGCGCUGUUUAAUGCUUACCUGACGGCAACUUCUGGCUCUGGAGCCGCUCCUCUGCCCUGCUCCCAGCCGCUUCCCAACCUGAUUCAAGCGGGGCCCCUCCUUCCUCCCGUCUUUAUUCUUUUCUUUUCAGAGGCAAGGUCUCACUCUCUCCUCUCACCCAGGCUGGAGUGCAGUGGUGUCAUCAUAACUAAUUGCAGCCUCAAACUCCUGUGCUCAAGCAAUCCUUCCACCUCAGCGUCCUGAGUAGCUGGGAUCACACGUGUGUGCUACCUCACCCAGCUAAUUUCUAAUUUUUUUUUGUAGAGACUGGAUCUCACUGUUGCCUUGAACUCCUGGGCUCAAGUGAUCCUCCUGCCUCAGCUUCCCAAAGUGCUGGGAUUCCAGACCAGCCACAUUUUUUUUUAAAUCAUGCAUUCCUGUUGCUAGUUUCACAUCAGUCCCCUGGUUUAAAAAGAAAUAAAAUAUUUUCUUUACA